AAACAUAUAGAAGGAAAAAAUGGAUGUCUUGUUUUGGCCAUCAGAAACUAACAACUUCCGACGUUUCACCCCUGAGUCCUUGGCAGCAAUCAAGGAAAGAAUUGCUGAGAAAAAAAAACAGCAAGCCAAAGUUAAACAGGAGAAUAAAGGUCAAAGAGUUGAAGAAGUUAAACUUACUCCUCAGCUUGAUCUGGGAACGUACAAAAAACUGCCAUCUCUGUAUGGGGAUGUUCCUGUGAAGCUCAUUGGGGAACCCCUGGAAGAUUUGGAUCCAUACUACAGUGAUCACAAGACUUUUAUGGUGAUAAAUAAAAGGAGGACUAUUUUCCGGUUUACUGCCACGCCUGCCUUGUGUAUAGUUGGUCCUUUUAAUCCAGUCAGAAAAGCAGCCAUUAAAGUCAUCAUCCAUUCGUUAUUUGUCGGUUUUAUUACAUGUACUGUGAUACUCAAUUGUGCUUCCAUGGCUGUAAAUAAACUUCCAGAAGAACUCAGCUGGACUGAACAUGUUUUUACUGCCAUAUAUACUGGUGAAAUAUUAAUAAAAGUAUUAGCAAGAGGAUUGUUUUGGAAUGAAUUUACCUUCCUUCGAGAUCCAUGGAACUGCUUGGAUCUUGUUGUUAUAGUAAUAACGUAUGUUACUAUGUUCAAAAGUAUGGGCAAGAUUUCAGCUCUUCGAACUUUCAGAGUACUGAGGACCUUGAAAGCUGUUUCAGUAAUACCAGGUCUGAAAGUCAUCGUAAAUUCACUUAUUGAAUCCGUUAAGAAACUUACUGAUGUGUUGAUCUUGACUGUUUUUUGCUUGAGUAUAUUUGCUCUAAUAGGCCUCCAGCUUUUUAUGUGCAAUUUAAAAUCCAAAUGUGUCCUCAAUAAUACUACGUUCAAUGAGUCAUUAUGUAAGGAUGCCAAGAUAUACGUACAAGGCAAAGAAGAUAUCUGCUCCAGAAUGAAUAAAUCUUCUGAAAUAUUGCUCUGUGGGUUCACUCCGGAACCCAACAAAGAGUGCCCGGAAAACUAUACCUGCCAGAAGGUUGGGGAGAAUCCUGACUUUGGUUAUACAAGUUUUGAUCAUUUUGGCUGGGCCUUCCUUUCUUUAUUCCGUCUGAUGACCCAAGAUUCCUGGGAGCGUCUCUACAGACAAGUUAUCCGUACAUCUGGAAAGAGCUCCUUCAUAUUUUUUCUGGGGGUCAUUUUUUUAUGCUCGUUUUACCUCUUCAAUCUGAUCUUGGCUGUAGUAACUAUGGCAUAUGAAGAGCAAAAUAGAGCUACUCUUGCUGAAACACAGGCAAAGGAAAAAUUACUUCAAAAUGCCCAGCAAGUUCUAGAGAAGGAAAAGAUGUUGGCUGCUGGAGAGGGUAACAAGGAUACAUAUGUCACAUCUGAAAUGUCAGUUGCUGACUUGAAAAAUUCAAAAGAAAAAAGGAUGAAAGAAAAAACAUCUACUUUUAAACAAAGCUUAAUUUUAGGUGAUCGUGGCAAAGAGGACCAUGUAUUUCAUUCACAACCUGGUCAUUGCCAGAAGAAGCUAAGGCAGAUUCUGCUGUCCUAUGAAUUGUCAGUGGAGUCCAUUAAUGAUCCCUUUCGAAGACAGAGGUUAAUGAGUGCAGCCACUGUUAUUACAGAUAAUUUGCAACUACAAGAGUCCAAAUUGAAAUGUCCUUCAUUCUGGACACGUUUUUCUCAAAAGUAUCUAAUUUGGAAUUGUUGCCCAUUCUGGGAAGCAGUCAAAAAGAAGGUGCAAUUGGUAAUUUUGAAUCCAUUUGUUGAUCUCUUAAUCACGAUUUGCAUUAUUGUGAAUACCUUUUUCAUGGCUCUGGAGCACCCUGACAUGCCAUCGCAUUACCGACGAAUGAUCUGUAUAAGUGACAAGGUCUUCACUCUGAUUUUUACAGCAGAAAUGAUCUUGAAAAUCAUCGCUCUAGAUCCUUACAACUAUUUUCAGCAAAAAUGGAAUAUUUUUGAUAGCAUAGUUGUUAUGAUUGGCCUAAUAAGCUUUCAAGACAAUCUCUCAUAUUUCAGGGUGCUCAGGAUCUUCAAAUUGGCCAAGUCCUGGCCAGCCUUAAAUACUCUUAUGAAAAUAAUUCUAAACUCUGUUGGUGCUCUGGGUAACCUCACCCUGGUUUUGGUUAUCACCGUAUUUAUAUUUGCUGUAGUAGGAAAGCAGGUUUUGGGCAAUUAUUAUAAGACAAAUGCCUUAAAAAUAAGCACUGAUAAGAAUUUACGCUGGCAUAUGAAAGACUUUUGUCAUUCAUUCCUGAUUGUAUUCCGGAUAUUGUGUAGAGAAUGGAUUGAAACCAUGUGGGAGUGUAUGGAAGUGGCUGGAGAAGGGCUAUGUCUUCCCAUUUUCCUACUAGUCCUGGUGAUAGGAAACUUGGUGGUGCUCAACCUAUUCAUUGCCUUGCUGCUGAGUUCAUUCAAUACUGACUCCUCAUUGGGACAAGAGGACACUGGACAAAUGACUAAAAGUCAGAUUGCCAUUGCGCAGAUUUACAAGGGUCUGCAGUUUGCGAAAAACAGAAUUGUGAAUCACUGUGGCAAAAUAAUGAAACGAAAACCCAAAACAACAUCCAGAAAGAAGACUUUGGUGAGAAUUUCUGCCAGAGAUAUAGAGAAAAAUAACUAUGCCAUGACAGAUGUCAAGAAGGAUGUAGACAGCAAUUGCUUUGACAUUGAGUAUUACAGUACUGAAGAGAGUUCCUCGAUAAGAAGGAAAUAUGAAGAAUUUUUAACCCAUCGUAGUACCUGUGCUCCCAUUGCAAUAGCAGAGACUUACACUGAUGAAGGUGAUGACGAGUACAGUGUAUGCACAGACAUAGAAUACAGAAAACAGAAAUGUGAUGGUGGUAGCUAUUCUGAAGCAAGCACUGUGGAUCCAGUUAUUCUUCUGGAGAUGAUUUCCCAGCCUAAAAAGUCAGACCUACCUAAGGACUGUUUUGCAGAAGGUUGUCUUGUAUGUUUCCCAUGUUGUGCAGUGGAUAUCACUAAAUUUCCAUGCAGAACUUGGUGGAAAUUUAGAAAAACUUGCUACAGAAUUGUUAAACAUAGCUGGUUUGAAACUUUUAUAAUUUUUAUUAUAGUAUUGAGCAGCGCAGCACUGGCAUUUGAAGAUAUUCACCUUCAGGACAGAAAAAAUGUGAAAUUGGUCCUGGAGUAUGCUGAUGGAAUAUUUACCUACAUCUUUUUUAUGGAGAUGCUUCUGAAGUGGGUAGCAUAUGGUUUACACAGUUAUUUCACAAAUGCCUGGUGUUGGCUUGACUUCAUCAUUGUGUGUCUGUCAUUUGUUUCCUGGGGACUAAAGAAUGUUUCUGAAGCCCCAUCACUCUGUUCUUCUGGGAGUGCCCUGAAAUCUCUCAGGACUCUUAGAGCAUUGAGGCCUCUACGAGCUUUGUCAAGAUUUGAAGGGAUAAAGGUUGUUGUGAAUGCACUCUUAGGAGCUAUCCCCUCAAUCUUGAAUGUUUUGCUCGUCUGCGUUGUCUUCUGGCUCCUAUUUAACAUUGCAGGAGUUCAAUUCCUUGGAAAAAAAUUUUCAAAAUGCAUACUUAAGGAAGGAGAUAUCAAUCUAAUUGAUAACAAAGAUAAUUGUACUUUCUAUAAUGGAACAUGGAAAAAUAAUGAUGUAAACUUUGAUAAUGUUGGGAUAGGAUACUUGGCUCUUCUCCAAGUGGCAACUUUUAAAGGCUGGUUGGAUAUUAUGUAUGCAGCAGUGGAUUCACGUGGGAUAAAUGAACAGCCAAAAUUUGAAGCGUCCUCAGCCAUGUAUAUGUAUUUUGUGAUUUUCAUUAUUUUUGGAUCUUUCUUCAUGCUGAACCUUUUUGUUGGAGUGGUUAUCAGCAAUUUUAACCAGCAAAGGAAAAAGUUAGGUGCGAAAGAACUAUUUCUGACUGAGGAACAGAGAAAGUAUUAUAAUGCCCUAAAAAAACUUGGAUCCAAGAAACCUCGAAAGCCCAUCCCAAGACCAUUGAAUGCAUUCCAAGGGUUACUAUUUGAUAUAGUAUCGCACAAAUCAUUUGACAUUACUAUUAUGACUUUCAUCUGUCUAAAUAUGGUCGUUAUGAUGGCAGAAAAUAGCCAAAAAGGCAACAGUGAUGUUCUUAAUAAGAUCAACUAUUUUUUUGUGGCAGUAUUUACUACGGAAUGUGUCAUAAAAAUACUAGCUCUAAGAUAUUACUUCUUCACCAGUGGAUGGAACAUAUUUGAUUUAGCUCUUGUGAUCCUUUCACUAGUUAGUAUUGGACUUUCUGAAGGCUUUCGGGCUUUGUCCUCUCCUUCACUUUUGAGAAUAUUUCGUUUGACACGAAUUGGCCGAAUCCUGAGAUUAAUUCGAAAAGCUAGAGGAAUUAGAACCCUUCUUUUUGCAUUACUGAUGUCUCUUCCUGCCCUGUUCAACAUUGGUCUUCUGCUUUUUCUGAUUAUGUUCAUUUAUGCCAUUGUGGGCAUGACAAACUUUGCCUGUCUUGGCUGGGAAGGUGGGAUUGAUAACCUUUUCAACUUUCAAACUUUUGUCAGUAGCAUGCUCUGUCUCUUCCAAAUUACAACAUCUGCUGGCUGGGAUGGUCUUUUGGUCCCUCUGUUCAGCAAACCUAUUUCCUGUGCUCCCAACUUAAAUUUAACAUAUGAACAGAAAAAAAAUUGCGCAAAUAAGGAGGUUGGUAUUUUAUUUUUUGUAAGCUAUGUCAUCAUAUCAUUUCUCAUUGUUGUAAAUAUGUACAUAGCUGUCAUUUUAGAGAACUUCAAUGUUGCCACUGAAGAAAGCACAGAUCCUCUUUGUGAGGAUGACUUUGAUAUGUUUUAUGAGACCUGGGGGAAUUUUGAUCCUCAGGCAACACAAUUUAUUUCAUAUUCUGCUCUCUCAGACUUUGCAGAUGCUCUGGCAGAACCCUUACGUGUUCCAAAGCCUAAUAAAAUGCAUCUCAUAGCUAUGGACCUCCCUAUAGUUACUGGAGAUAAGAUCCACUGCUUGGAUAUCUUACUUGCUUUCACUAAAAGGGUCUUAGGAGAAACUGGGGAUUUUACUGGUCUUGAAUUACAGUUGGAAGAAAAAUUUAUGGCUGCCAAUCCAUCUAAAGUUUCUUACAAGCCAAUUACUACUACACUUAAAAGAAAACAAGAGGAGAUAUCGGCUCUUAUUAUUCAAAGGGCCUUCAGGAAGUAUAUGAUGCAGCGUUCUUUUCAAAAUAAAUCCUUCUUAUACCGUCAUAAACAUUAUAACAGUGCUACCUUUGAAGAAGAAACACGUGAGAAGGAAAGUCUUAUUGCAUCCAUGCAUAAUGAAAAUAAUGGUAGGAAGCUAGAUAAUUCACGAACUGCAUCUUGCAUAUCUCUCCCUUUAUAUUAUGAUGGUAUUGCUAGAACAGAUAGUGGUGGCGUGGACUCAUAAGGUUUCCUCAGGCUGCAGCAUUUUUUAUUAAGCUGAUAUAAGGUAUUUUCAGAUGGAGAAAAUAUUUUAAUCUAAGAAUGCAAUACUUAGAAUAAUGAUGGCAACCUUUACAUAUUGUGAUUGUUCAGUUUUGCAAAUACUCCUUAAAACAAUUAAGAUUUGAACAACUAUGUCUUAAAUAUUAGAGGAAAAUCAAACCAUAGAUUUUUUUUUUUCCUCAGUUACUGGAGUAAAUGAGUUAAUUUUUAUACCCCUCAUUUUUUUUUAUUCCUUCAUAUUUCUAGAUUUAGAGAAGAAAUCUGUAAAAGAUCAGUUGUAACUAUAAUAUUAUUGAGAAGCACAUAGGUCUGUAGAAGAAUGUAUAUCUCUUUAAAGAAAAAGCCUGCUUUGAAAAAAUAGCUAUUGUAGCAAAAGUAAAUAAUUACUCUAUUUUCUGUGAAAGAGCUCACUCAGGACACUUGAGAAUAAUCAGCCAGUAAUUUCUGUACUGUUUGGGACCAUAUUCCUCCUAGUGCUUUUGAAUAGAUUUGUUUAUGCCUAAGAAUUUUUAAGGAGGCUUUACAUCUAAAUGGAUUUAACAUAUCAUCCUCAGGUGUCUGCACUUCAAAGUUGUAUAUAAUUUGUUCUUUGUAUUAUUCAGUGUAUGAAAGAAGUAAUAAUAAUUACCAGAAUGAAAGGGUGUUAUGCAAGAGGUACUGUUUCCAGAAAAUCUUAAGAACUAUUGUACAUUAAAUUUCUUCACUAUAAUUCAUCCAAAUGUCAUAGAAGGUAUUAUUUAGUAAUCCAAAAAGGAGUUCAUGUUAUAUCUUAUGAGACAGCAUUUAUUAAAGUUAGAGGAAGUAUUUAUUUCAUUGGCUCUGAAAAAACCCACACAUAUGAACGAUGUAUAUUGAUAUCACUUCUUCUGUGUUGUAGCAGUUUAUGUUGGUCAGGUGAAGUGUCAUG